AUGGUGCGUUGCGCUUUCAUUUUCAAAUCAAGCCGUUCGCUUGAGCUGAAGCGAGUCACUUUUCUUCUUCCAAUUCCAAAUCCCGUCUUGCUCGACCGACGACCACCACCAUCAUCAUCCUCACCCGUGCACAGCCGAGUCGCAAACAUGUCUACAUUCGGCUCGCACUUCCGCGUCACCACCUACGGCGAGUCCCACUGCGCCUCCGUCGGCUGCAUCGUCGACGGCGUGCCCCCCGGCAUGGCCCUCGAGCCGCAGGACAUCCAAACGCAGCUCUCACGUCGUCGUCCCGGACAGUCCAACCUCACCACUCCACGAGAUGAAAAGGAUCGAGUCGAGAUCCAAUCCGGCGUCGAACGCGGUGUCACUCUCGGAACCCCCAUCGCCAUGCUCGUCCGCAACCAAGAUCAGCGUCCGCACGACUACACCGACGACACGCUCGACGCCUACCCACGCCCAUCGCACGCCGAUUUCACCUACCUCGAAAAGUACAACGUGAAAGCCAGCUCGGGAGGUGGAAGGAGCUCGGCGCGUGAGACCAUCGGUCGUGUCGCCGCCGGUGCGCUGGCGGAAAAGUACCUCAAGGAAGCGCACGGCGUCGAGAUCGUCGCCUUCGUCUCCAGCGUCGGCAAGGUGCAUAUCCCUCGCUACCCCGGCGAGCAGCUCGCACAGGACGUCAAGAACGGCGCACCCAUCGCCACCGAAACGAAGGACGGUGUACCCGUAGUCGAAGGCAAAUCUUUCUACGGCGAGUCCUCAACCGACGGUCCACCCCAGACCAAGGUCGACAACAUCAUCGACACCUCCAACCUCACCGAAGAGGAAGCCGAAGAACCCCUGUCCAAAGAGUUCCGCCAACUUUUGUCGACCAUCACCCGCUCUCAGGUCGAUCAGAACGCCAUCCGGUGCCCGCACGAGUUGGCCGCCGAACGCAUGCGUCAGCGCAUCCUGCUCGCCAAGGCGAACAACGACUCCAUCGGUGGUACCGUCACGUGCAUCAUCCGCAACGUCCCCUCCGGGUUGGGCGAACCGUGCUUCGACAAGCUGGAAGCGAAGCUCGCCCAUGCCAUGCUGUCGAUCCCUGCGACCAAAGGCUUCGAGAUCGGCUCCGGUUUUCGCGGCACCGAAGUCGCCGGCUCCCGCCACAACGACAAAUUCGUCCUGAAACCAGACGGACGUCUCGGCACCAUCACGAACUGGUCCGGCGGUAUCCAGGGCGGCAUCACCAACGGCGAAGACAUCUACUUCCGCGUAGGCUUCAAAUCCCCCGCUACCAUCAGUCAGGACCAAGCCACCGCGAGCUACGACGGCAAGGAUGGGACGUUGAAUACCAGGGGAAGGCACGAUCCGUGCGUGGUGCCGAGAGCGGUGCCGAUCGUCGAGGCGAUGGCAGCGUUGGUGGUGAUGGACGCUGUGCUGGUGCAGAACGGCAGGACGGCGACGGCGCAGAGGUUGAGUAGGGAGCCGGUGGAGGCGCUGCCGAACAGCAUGAAGAUGCCAAAGAGGAGAAAGGUCGACGAGUGA